UUAAUGAUCUCUUUUACAGAGAGAGGCGACCCAGUCGUCUUGAUCUCAAUCUUCUUUUUUUGCUUUGAUAUGUCCCGUUUUGAUGCACUUUUGCGCGAUUCCCCCAUUGUUAUUUCCAUGUACUUCACUUCUUUUCCACCAUAAGCUGGAUCUUUGGGUGGACCCUUGCUUUUGCUCUCUUUUUUGUUGUUUUUCCACCACUAUACAAGACCAAGACUGUAGCCAGCAAUGGCAAGUAUCAGAUACAGAUGACUUAGGAUUAAUACGGAAUAUAACGGCCCCAGAUAACGGUCUACAUUACUGAAUUAAAUAUCCCUGAUUUAAAUACUCCAACACGUUAGAAUGACAGUAUACGGAAAUCACCUUC